AUGAAAUUGAACGUCAAAAACAUCCGCUACCUCAGCGGAGACGACUGGCGAGUCCUCACAGCCACCGAGAUGGGCAGUCGAAACCACGAAGUCGUCCCCACGCCCCUAAUCUCUCAACUCGCCUCCCUCCGCGCCGGCGGCAUCCCCCGCUGCAUCUCCAACCUCGCAAAGAUCGGGCUGAUCGCGAAGGUCAAGAACGCAAAGUACGACGGCUACCGCCUAACUUACGGCGGGCUUGACUACCUCGCCCUGCACACGCACACCAAGGCUUCCACUGUCUACUCCGUGGGCAACCAGAUCGGCGUGGGCAAGGAGUCCGACAUCUUCGUGUGCGCGUCGGAGACGGGCAAGCAAUUGGUGCUGAAGAUCCACCGGCUGGGCAGGAUCUCGUUCCGGACGGUCAAGGCGAAUAGAGAUUACCUGCGGAACCGCUCGUCGGCGUCGUGGAUGUACAUGUCGAGGUUGGCGGCGACGAAGGAGUUCGAGUUCAUGAAGGCGCUGCGGGACGCAGGGUUCCCUGUGCCGGAGCCCGUGGCGCAGAAUAGGCAUACGGUUAUCAUGAGCUUGAUUGAUGCGUUUCCUAUGAGGCAGAUCUCGGCGGUCGCGGAACCCGCGGCGCUGUACGCGGAACUGUUGUCGCUUAUUGUGCAGCUCGCGCAGCAUGGGUUGAUUCAUGGGGAUUUCAACGAGUUUAACAUCUUGAUUGAGGAGAAGGUGGAUGAGGAGUCGGGAGAGGUCACGCUCAUUCCGACGGUCAUUGACUUCCCUCAGAUGAUCUCCAUCGAUCAUAUGAAUGCGGAGUACUAUUUCGACAGAGAUGUGCAAUGCAUCAAGAGGUACUUCUCACGGCGUUUUGGCUUCACCAGCGACGAACCUGGCCCGUUCUUCAAGGACGCCAUCAAGACGAUCACCAAACGUAUUGAUGUGGAGGUCGAAGCCUCGGGUUUCAGCAAGAAGAUGGCUAAGGAGCUGGACAAUUACAUGAAGGAGCAUGGCGUGGACGGCGACGCAGGGGACAUUGAAAAGGCGGAAGAGGACGAAGACGAGGAUGACGAGGAGGACGGAGCUAGUGACCGUGAUAGCGAAGACGGCGGUGUGACAUUGGAUGGAUCGACUGGGCUUUCCGACGAUAUCAGCAGCGCCGCUGUGAAGGAUGACGAACAAUCGUCGGCCCUUCCAGCGCAGAUGACCAUCCUUGAUAUUCGAGACAACGAUCCACUUCCCGAUCUCAGUGAGAUCAAGAAGUCCGCACCAACACCAAGCAUAUCUACUAAAGCUGCUAAGGCAAAGGCUGGGUGGUCCAUCUGA